AUGUCUAACCACGGCUCAUAUAUACGCUUUCGUUUACCUGUUACUCCGGCUCGGGACGGCCAUCCGCCUCCAGCGAAGAGGCUUAGGGUUAAUGAAACAGAGCCGGUGCACAACCAGCUGGUUCGAGCCGAGCUUGCAUGCUAUCGAUGUCGACAACAAAAGAAGAAGUGCUGUCGUUCCUUUCCAGAAUGUGCAUCGUGCGCUGCUGCCGGGUUCCCGUGCGUAUUCCCCAAAAAGGAUGAACCACUGGCUACAUCCGGGGAGAUAAACGAGCUCAGAGCACAGAUAAGAGCGCUGUCCCGGCAUUUUCUUGCAGUCGACGGCUCCCAGAUAUUGAGCCCUGCAGCCACCGUCAGUUCGUGGGAAGAUGGACCAGUGGAAGAACCAGCGCAAACUUCCUCGCACAGCUCCGGUUUCGAAGCUGAAGAUCGUACAGUUCUGACAUACCAUGAAAACAGUGCAAUAACGACCUAUCGCACACCUCCAAUACGUCUAAAACUGCCAGCUUGGGCUGACCGAAAGCAUCUUGUCACGGCCUAUUUUCGCCACGUUCACAAGGCCUAUCCAUUCUUGGAUCGGCAACAAAUUCUUGACGAGCUUGGAGACACACCCUCUGGCGACCAAUCAACCGAGGUGACGCCUCUUGUGUAUCUCCUAUGCGCUGUUGGAUCGGCCACGCUUCAUCGAGUUGGAAAACUUUCUGACGAGGCUUUGGCAACGAUAAACGUCCCUUAUCAGGACUGUGUCCAGCUCUGUCUUCUCGAUACAAGCAUCGAAUCUACCAGAAUACUGAUGUUGGUGACGAUUUAUUCCAUUUUCGAUCCUGUCGGCAUGUCACCAUGGAUGUUGACCGGAUUUCUGGGCCGCAGCGCAAUCUCACUUGGUCUCAAUCGCAAAUGCUCAACAGAAGAAGGUUAUACGCUACAAGAGGUUGAAGCACGACAUCGUUUGUUUUGGAGCAUUUACGCUCUGGACCGCGAGGUUGCCGCCUCUUUUGGUCUACCUGUUGCAAUCAACGACGAAAACAUCAAUGUUCCUCUUCCUUCGGUGACGAUCGAGGAGUACGCAUCUCCACUCCGCAUCCAGCAUACCAGAAUAUUACAAGUAUGCCGCAAUGCCAUCGCGCUGCGGGAUUUAGAAGGGAAUAUCCUGCAGAAGAUUCAUCUAUCCAGCCCAACAUCGUCUUUUGAUAUCAACCGUGCCGAUCGAAAGGCCGUGGUCGAUCGGUUUCGGUCGCAACUGGACGACUGGUACGCCAAUGGUUGUCUUUUGUCGCAGUUGGAAGACGACGACAUAUCAUUUCACGAUACAAUUCCAUGGCUCAACGUUCGUUACCAUGGGUUACUGAUUCUGCUGCACUUUCCAACACGAUUGAAUGCAUAUUACUCCAAAGAUCAACUCAAACCUUUGUGUCUGUCGAUUGAAAAAUAUCUUCAAUGUAGCGUGGUUCUUCUUCGACAGCAACAUCUUAUGCUUCAUCACAAUACACUCAACCAUAUAUUGAUAAUCUGCUUGAUAUUGGUCGAGCAAUGUAACGAACUACCAGACGACAGCCUCAGAGACAAUCUUGAUCUAUGCAUCGAAAUCCUGGACGCUUUUUCCAACCGCUGGUCGACUGCAAAACGGAGUUUGCUUGUCUUUCGAGCACGGAAGGAUUUGCUGACGUCUGCCGAGCAAAGCACAGCAAGCGUCGAUGACGAGGAGAGAUUGCGAGAUAUACAGGUUGAGGCACUUGCGCUGGUUAAGGAAGCUAUGGGGUUUUCAAGCGUGUUCAAUGAUUUAUUCGAGGCGAAGCCAUCAACUACAUGCCCGACAGGGAAAGUUCGUUUUCCUUUUGAUCCUAUAUCAAGAUAG